GGUCUGUGCUGAAGGACUGAGAUUGGACUUUAGCCCCAGCUAUGGACUCCACAGGAUCAGGCCCAGCAGAAGAGGGAAGAGCCAGCAUGUGGCUGCAAACCAGGCGCCAGGACAUGAUGACAUUUAAGGAUGUGGCUGUGGAAUUCACGAACUGCGAGUGGGAUCUGUUGGACCUUGCACAGAAGGCCAUGUACAGGGAGGUCAUGCUGGAAAACUUCAAGAAUCUGGCCUCCCUGGGGCUUCCAGUGUCCAAACCCUAUGUGAUCUGCCAACUAGAAGAAGGGGAAGAGCCCUGUGUGUUGGAGGGGGAAAUCUCAAAAGGUACGCACUCAGGUGAAGGAUCCUAUAAAUGUGAUAUGGAAUUCAGAGAGACUUCAGGGAGAAGUAUUUGUCAGAAAAUCCAUCCAGUGAAGAAGUCAUGUAAGUGUAAUGAAUGUGGGAAGUCCUUUCAUUUCCAAUCAGAACUUAGGCGCCAUCAGAGAUGUCAUACUGGAGAAAAGCCCUAUGAAUGCAGGGAAUGUGGGAGAGCCUUUGGCCAUAUUUCAUCCCUUAUCAAACACCAGAGAACUCAUACUGGAGAAAAGCCCUAUGAGUGCAGCGAAUGUGGGAGAACCUUCAGCCAGAGUUCAUCUCUUGUUCUACAUUACAGAUUUCACACUGGAGAGAAACCCUACAAAUGUAACGAAUGUGGGAGAGCCUUUGGUCACACUUCAUCCCUUAUUAAGCACCAGAGAACUCAUACUGGAGAGAAGCCUUAUGAAUGCAGGGAGUGUGGGAGAACCUUCAGCCAGAGUUCCUCUCUCAUUGUACAUUAUAGGUUUCAUACUGGAGAGAGACCCUACAAAUGUAAUAAAUGUGGGAGAGCCUUCAGCCAGAGUUCAUCCCUCACUCAACAUUACAGAUUCCAUACUGGAGAGAAGCCCUACAGAUGUAAUGAGUGUGGGAGAGGCUUUGCGCAUACUGCAUCUCUUACUAAACAUCAGAAAAACCAUGCUGGGAAAAAAGGUCUAUGAACUCAGCCAAUGCAGGAAGGCUUCCCGCUGGAGUAGAUAUACUAUUUAAAAGUCAGAGAAUAUAUAUUGAGGAGAGAUCCUGUAUUUAUAAUGUAUGUGGGAAGCCUAGGUUAAAGGAUGUAUCUUCUUUAGCAUUUGAAGGUACAUAAGAGAAGUGCUGUCAAAGUAGAGAUCAACUUUAACUCAUACCUCCUCCCUUACCAAACACUAUUAGUUCAUUUAGUGAGAAGCAAGUGACUGUAAUGAAUGGAAGUUUUAGUUUGAGUACACACAUUAUCCAAUAACUGGUAGUUUAUAUUAGGCAUCAGAGAGUUCAUCCUUCAGGAAAUUUUUGUGGAUUUGGUAAUGUGGGAGAACCCUCUCUGUCAAGCUACUUCCCUUUAUUAACAUCAACGAAAUUAUGCUGCUAGUCAGAACUGUGGCAUUGUAAUUCAUGUGGGGAAACCUUCAUGGAUAUUCCAUCCCUUUGUACAUCAGAGAAUUUGUACUGGAGGGAUUCUUGAAUUUUAACAAAACUGGAACACCUGUUAAUAUCAUUUAGACUGCAACAUUCAAUGAUACUUCACCCCAGAGAGCAACGUUUCUUUUCAGACCUGAAAUUUAUUAAUCUAAGGCAGAAAGGAAACUGAGAAAUCACCUGGGCACCAAAUCACCUAAUUUUCACAAUUGUAUACAUUUGCAAUCGCAGUGUGUUCUUCCUCCCUAUCCUUUUAUUGAUAGAAUGGAGUGGGGGGUGUUCUUGUGUGGAUGAAGAGAAUGAGGCUGGGAAUGAGGCAACAUCAGUGAUUGAGCCCAGCCAUAUUUUAGAGCUAAGGCAACCUAUCUUCAGUUAAGCUCUACUUCCUAACUUGCAGCCUAAUUGGGCUUCUUUCCUGGCUCACAGCUGUAAUUGGGGGAUUGAGAGAACAAGGCCUUCUCUGUAGAAAACCCCAUAAACUUGUUUCCUAAGGGGUAAUGAGUGUUAUGUUUAAGUUUCAGAAGAAAACAAUUCUUACUAGAAUUUUAUGCUACUAGAUUUGGAUUUUUUAAAAUAAAAUGAAAACCUUUUGAACACUAAAGUCAAUAAAAAACUCAAAACCUGAAAACUGUUAUUGUAGAUGGUAUAGCCAGAUGCCAGGGUCACCUAUUGUAUAGUUCCAUUAUAUAAAAUACAAAAAAUGCAAAUCUUCAGAGGCAAAGUAAGUUAGUGGCCUCCUCGGGUUGGGAGUAGCAGCUGUGCUAACAACUGGGAGUGACUGCAAUGUUAGAAGAAUCUUAUUAGGGUUAUAGAAAUGUUCUAAAAGAUGAUUGUGGCAAACUUACUAAAAAUUAUUGUAUUGUGCCCAUAAAUGGGUAAAUUUUAUGGAAUGUAAUUAUAUAUCUAAUCACUUAAAAAUCCAAUAUAGUAAGUGCUCACUUAAUGACUUCAGUUUUUUUCUUUAAUUGAAUUGAACUGAUGUAUA